AUGAAGGGUACCACAGCUGUCCUCUCCUUCCUCAUUCUUGUGACUGUCCUUGGAUCCCAGGCCAGGAUCAUGCAGGGAGUUCAAGAUUCUUCUGACUGCUGCUUCUCCUACAUGUCUCGAAGAAUCCGCUGUUCAAACUUUGUAGAUUAUUUUCCAACCAGUGGUGGGUGCAUUCAUUCAGGUGUCAUCUUUGUCACCAACACAGGGAAGCGUGUCUGUGCAAAGCCCAGUGAUUUGAGAGUUCAGAAGUGCAUGUUAGGCCUGAGGUCAAAGGCUAUACAGAAAAUUUGA